AUGAAGACCUCAAAUCUUGUGUUCAUCCUUACCAUUAUCUCAAUGUGCAGCAUUUGCUUGGCACAAAACUCCCCGCAAGAUUUCCUUGAUGAGCACAACAAAGCUCGUAAAGAGGUUGGUGUUAAACCACUGGUAUGGGACGAAACCCUUGUGGCCUAUGGGAAGAAUUAUGUGGAAUCAAAGAAAAAAACAUGUGCAUUUGAGCACUCUAAUGGGCCUUAUGGGGAGAACUUGGCACAAGGUUCUGGUGACUUGAGUGGCGUGGACUCGGUGAAAACGUGGGUGGCAGAGAAGGAGUUUUAUGAUGAGAAGACGAACGAGUGUGUUAAGGAAGAGUGUUUGCAUUACGUUCAGGUGGUUUGGGGCGACACGGAGAGUGUUGGAUGUUCUAGAACCAAGUGUGACAAUAAUUGGAUGUAUGUUAUCUGCAACUAUAACCCUCCGGGCAAUUACGUUGGAGUGCGGCCUUAUCCGAUUUCAAAGUAACCAAUCCCAUAACUAUAUCACUCCCUAUAACGAACUUUAAUUUUUCUUACCAUUAUUGUUUCAAUCCCAAAUCCGUUUAUUGGCAACGUUUUUAAGUUUGUAUUCCAUCGCGAUCUAGUCCUUAAAAGACAUCUUUAAUGAUGAAAAAAAGAAAAAGAUAUUUAAAUUGUUUUAGAUCUCAACUCUUGAACGAUGUAACUAUUAAACGGCAAGAAGAAUUGCCAUUUAGUAGAAAUAUACAAUUUUGUAAGCUUUAUAUCACAUGAUAAUAAAUUUUGGAAAUAUAUGAAUAUGUAGUAAUUUUAAAA